AUGGACGUGGAAGAGGAGGAGGAGGAGAGGAAGGAAAAGGAGGCAGAGGAGGAGGAAGAGCAGGAGAAGGAGCUGGAGGAGGAGGAGGAGAAGCAGGGGGAGGAGCAGAAGGAGGAGGAGAAGGGGGUGGAGCUGGAGGAGGACAUAGUGGAGGAGGAGAAAGAGGAGGAGAAGGGAGAGGAAGUGCUGGAGGAGGAGUGGGAGGAGGAGUUGGAGGUGGAGGAGCUGGAGGAGGAGGAGCACCAAGCGCCACCAAGGAAGUGCAAGCUGGUAGAGGAAGAGCACAAGGAGAGGAAAUGUGCAUGCCCAGAGGUGAUUGACGUGGACAAGGAGAUGGAGGCGGAGGAGAUCAAGACCAAGCCUCACAAGCAGCCAGUGGUGUGCCAGUACUCUGCAGGCAACACCAAAGAGCAAUGCAAGGAGGCUGCCAGACUACUUGCCCUGCCUGACCUGGAGCUAGUUCCAAACUGA